AGUCCUCGCGACCUGACCCAGCCGUCUGGGCCGAGGUCCCAGGUCCCGGCCGGCGCCAUGGAGCGGCGCUGGCCCCUGGGGCUCGGGCUGCUGCUGCUGCUCUGCGCCCCGCUGCCCCCCGGGGCGCGCGCCAAGGAAGUCACUCUGAUGGACACGAGCACAGCACAGGGAGAGCUGGGCUGGCUGCUGGAUCCCCCAGAGGAUGGGUGGAGUGAAGUGCAGCAGAUACUGAAUGGGACACCCCUCUACAUGUACCAGGACUGCCCACUGCAAGAUGGCGGGGACACUGACCACUGGCUGCGCUCCAACUGGAUUUACCGGGGGGAGGAAGCUUCGCGUGUCCACGUGGAGCUGCAAUUCACCGUGAGGGACUGUAAGAGCUUCCCCGGGGGAGCCAGGCCUCUGGGCUGCAAGGAGACCUUCAACCUCCUGUACAUGGAGAGCGACCAGGACGUGGGCAUUCAGCUCCGACGGCCCUUGUUCCAGAAGGUGACCACUGUGGCUGCAGACCAGAGCUUCACCAUCCGAGACCUCGCAUCUGGCGCCGUGAAGCUGAACGUGGAGCGCUGCUCCUUGGGCCGCCUGACCCGCCGAGGCCUCUACCUCGCUUUCCACAACCCAGGUGCCUGCGUGGCCCUGGUGUCUGUAAGGGUGUUCUACCAGCGCUGUCCUGAGGCCGUGCAGGGCUUGGCCCGAUUCCCCGACACCCUGCCCGGACCCGGCGGGUUGGUGGAAGUGGCAGGGACCUGCUUGCCCCAUGCCCAGGCCAGCCCUGGUCCGGCGGGUGCACCGCGCAUGCACUGCAGUCCGGAGGGUGAGUGGUUGGUGCCCGUGGGCCGAUGCCACUGUGAGCCUGGCUACGAGGAAGGCAGCAGCGGUGAAGGAUGCCUGGCCUGCCCUAGCGGCUCCUACCGGGCAGACACAGAUGCACCACAUUGUCUCAAGUGUCCAGAGCACAGCACAGCCGAGCCCGAGGGGGCCACCGUCUGCACCUGUGAGAGCGGCCAUUUCCGAGCCCCAGGGGAGGGCCCCCAAGUGGCGUGCACGCGGCCCCCCUCAGUUCCCCGAAACCUGAGCUUCUCUGUUUUGGGGACUCAGCUCUCCCUGCGUUGGGAACCCCCAGCAGAUAUGGGGGGGCGCCAGGAUGUGAGGUACAGUGUGGGGUGUUCUCAGUGUCGGGGAGCAGCAGUGGACGGGGGACCCUGCCAACCCUGCGGGGGAACUGUGCGCUUUUCCCCGGGAGCCAGCGGGCUCAUGGCACCGGCCGUGCGUGUCAACGGCCUUGAACCCUACGCCAACUAUACCUUUAACGUUGAGGCCCAGAAUGGAGUGUCGGGGUUUGGCCCGUCCACGCAUGCCAGCACCUCACUGAGCAUCAGCAUGGGGCACGCAGAGUCACUGUCAGGCUUGUCCCUGAGGCUGGUAAAGAAGGAGCCACGGCAGCUGGAACUGACCUGGGCAGGGUCCCGGCCCCGCAGUCCAGGGGGGAACUUGAGCUACGAGCUGCAUGUGCUGAAUCAGGACGAAGAAAGGCACCAGAUGGUUCUAGAACCCAGGGUCUUGCUGACCGAACUGCAGCCAGACACCACGUACAUUGUCAGAGUUCGAAUGCUGACUCCUCUAGGGCCUGGCCCUUUCUCCCCUGACCAUGAGUUCCGGACAAGCCCUCCAGUUUCCAGGGGCCUGACUGGAGGAGAGAUUGUGGCCAUCAUCUUUGGGCUGCUGCUGGGCGUAGCUCUGCUGCUGGGGAUGCUCUUCUUCCGCUCAAGGAAAGCUCAGCGGCGACACCAGCAGAGGCCCCGUGAUCGCGUCACUGACGUGAACCGAGAGGACAAGCUGUGGCUUAAGCCGUAUGUGGACCUCCAAGCAUAUGAGGACCCUGCCCAGGGAGCCCUGGACUUCACCCAGGAGCUUGAUCCAGGCUGGCUGAUUGUGGACACUGUCAUAGGGGAAGGAGAGUUUGGAGAAGUGUAUCGAGGGACCCUGAGGAUCCCCAGCCAGGACUGCAAGACUGUGGCCAUUAAGACCUUGAAAGACACAUCUCCAGACGGCCAGUGGUGGAACUUCCUUCGAGAGGCCACCAUCAUGGGCCAGUUCAGCCACCCACACAUUUUGCACCUGGAAGGCGUCGUCACCAAGAGAAAGCCCAUCAUGAUCAUCACGGAGUUUAUGGAGAACGGAGCCCUGGAUGCCUUCCUGAGGGAGCAGGAAGACCAGCUGGUCCCUGGGCAGCUGGUGGCUAUGCUGCAGGGCAUCGCGUCAGGCAUGAACUACCUCAGCGACCACAGUUAUGUCCACCGGGACCUGGCCGCCAGGAACAUCUUAGUGAGUCAGAACCUGUGCUGCAAGGUGUCUGACUUUGGCCUCACCCGCCUUCUGGACAACUUUGAUGGCACUUACGAAACCCAGGGAGGAAAGAUCCCCAUCCGUUGGACAGCCCCCGAAGCCAUUGCCCAUCGCACCUUCACCACGGCCAGCGACGUGUGGAGCUUUGGGAUUGUGAUGUGGGAGGUUCUGAGUUUUGGGGACAAACCGUACGGGGAGAUGAGCAAUCAGGAGGUAAUGAAAAGCAUUGAGGAUGGGUACCGGCUGCCCCCUCCCGUGGACUGCCCCGCCCCUCUCUAUGAACUCAUGAAGAACUGCUGGGCCUAUGACCGAGCCCGUCGGCCCUCCUUCCACCAGCUGAAGGCACAUCUGGAGCAAUUGCUUGCCAACCCCCACCCCUUGCGGACCAUUGCCAACUUUGAUCCCAGGGUGACGCUCCGCCUUCCCAGCUUGAGUGGCUCCGAUGGGAUCCCCUAUCGAAGCGUCCCUGAGUGGCUGGAAUCCAUACGAAUGAAACGCUACAUUCUGCACUUCCGCUCGGCUGGGCUGGACACCAUGGAGUGUGUGUUGGAGCUGACGGCCGAGGACCUGGCACAGAUGGGAAUCACGCUGCCGGGACACCAGAAGCGCAUCCUUUGCAGUAUUCAGGGAUUCAAGGACUGAGCCCCUCCUGCACCUACCCUGGCCUCAAAGAGCAAGGAUGGGGCCAUGGUCGCUCCCCAUGGCCCUCCCCUCAUCCUACAAGAUGUAGGCCUCUGGUGCUGCUCCUGCCCACCCUUGCCUGAGGAACUCACCUCUGGACCCAGGAGCCUUUGUUUUAAAAAGGGAGGUGGGGGUAGAAGUGAAAAGGUAAUUGGGGGAGGGACUUGGGGGAGGGUUUAAUAUAUAUACAUAUACAUAUAUAUUUUUGUAAAUAAACAGGAACGGAGUUUUCACCUUUACCCCGGGCUUUUUUAUCCCUGUAUCUCCUCCAUCCCACCCGUGAGGGCUGUACACACAAGAAAGAUUCCUGAGAAUUCUGGAAAACAGGUGUUUUUUUUUUGUUGUUUUUUUUUUUUAUCUGUAGCUGUAGCCACAACCUGGCAGCAUGGGGGUGGGUGGGGGUGUCCAGGCCAGUCAACCCAGCCCAGCCCAGCCUCCCCGAGUCAGGGGGUCUCCAGGCCCUCGGCAAGCAGAAUGCACGGCUGCUAGGGGACCAGCCAAGGGCAUCGGUGCAGCAGUGAAAGCAGCAGCGCUCAACCUGGUGCCCCCUCAGGUGGGGCACACCUUGGUGGGGGGGGUGGUCCCUGCAGGACGGGGGUGGACUGGAAACCCAGAGCCGGGACGCUGCAGCCCUAGGCCAUGUCGGGGCUUUGCACAGGACACCUGGGAUACGGGGCAGGGGCUGGUGUGGAAGGAGAGGCUGAACAUCAGAAGAUAACUGAAGGGGGGCAGGGCAGGUGGAGGGCAGGGUGGUCUCAGUGUGGAUGGUCCGCUAAUGGGGAAGGAACGGACUCGCCGG